UUAAGGAAACUUAAAUAAAUUUAAUAACAUUAAAAUUGCGUUUUGCAAUUGUUUGAAAUUUUAUAUUAUAUAGAAAAUAUAAAAGAAAAAUAAUCAAAUGCAAGAUUUUGAAAGAAAAAGGAAAAAUCUUUUUGAACUCUUAGAAAAUGAGGAGAAAAAACUUAAAGGAACAAUUUUAGAACAGAAAGAAUACAAGGAAGAUGAAACAAAAUCAAUCAGACGUCAGAAACAAAGGCUAAUAGCUUCAGAUAAACCUGUAGAAAGAUUAAUAGGUAGAGAAAGUAUUUUUAAAAAACCAGAAUUACCAAUACAAAAAUGUUUGAAGCCAAGAACAGAUCCAGACUAUAAGGUAAAUCCACAUAAAUGGACAAAAUAUUCAUUAGAAGAUGCAGACAUUUCAGAUAAAGCUAAUACUUCAGCGGCAUUUGCUUUUCUUAAAGAAAUUGAAAAACGAAAAGAAAUGCAAGAAUACGAAAUUAAAAAAACUGAAGAUGAUAAAAAUGAACUAAAUAGUAAUGAUUCUCAGGAAAAAAUAGUUUUUAAUAAGACAGCUACACUAAAACGUUCCAUAAGAUCAAAAGAUGAUGAAGUUGAUGAUGUGGAAACUCAAACACCAAAAUUUAAAAGCUCUAAAUUUGUAAUGCCUGAAUAUGUUAUUGGACAGAAAAAUACUAAAAAGAAGAAAAAUUUAAUAGACAAAUCAAAUACAAAUAAGGGUAAGGUCAAAGAGUUAAAGUUAUCACAUUUAUCAGAAUAUGAUGAUGGCGAAGAUGAGGGAGAAUGAUCAGCUAUUGAUUACAAUUUAAUAAUAAAAGUUCAAUAAUGCACUUUACAUUAUUUUCAUGCUUGUAAAAUGAAAAUAAAACAAUUAUGUUUGAACGUUAAUAGAGUGAAUUUUACUAUAACCUAGUAAAUUUAAUCGAAUUCAUUGAAAUCGUUAAAAGUAGCUCUUUUGUGAAUGGGGGGUCGAUACAAGUUGUAUAUACAAGCAAAUCUUUU